GCUGCCACGCCCAGCUCCUCGGUUGCAUCUACCGUUUUGUGGACGGAUCUUUACGCCCCGUCAACAUUGAGUGAUAUGCUGCUUAACUGUCCUGACAUUGAAGACCUUGUGUUAUGGUUGUCGUCGUGGGAUAGUGAUGCCAAGGGUUCCGAUGCCAUCUGCGUGGAUAAUGAUGACAGUGGAGACGGCUCCUCUUGGAAUCAGUCUGCCAGAAGGGUAGAACGUAACUCCCACAGACCCAGAAACCUGGACUUCUGUUAUAGUGAUGACAGUGCUGACUCCUCUACGUCAGUCAAGCCUUGGCGGUCCACUGCCUUCCUGGUUUUAGGUCCUUCUGGCUGUGGGAAGACGGCCCUUGUAUAUGCUUUGGCUACUAAACUGGCCUUUAAGGUUGACGUAUUGUUUGAGUCUGACCGCGGAUUUUGGAGCGCUGUAGGCAGUCUUCUACAAAUGGGCCGACGACCGAUCCUCAUGACGGCCUCUGAUCCCUCCGUUGUCGAUACCAUUCCCAUUCCUUUUCGCGUUUGCAAUAUGCGGCCCCUGAAGAUAGUAUGUUCUUCUUAA